AGAAGAUCUGUGGUAUAUUUUUUAUCAAAAAAAAACUAAAGUACUGUACGCUCCCCACACAAAAUCACGCGCACUAGUGGUAGCUCAGGCUACCGAAGUUAGCAUUAACUCAUGCAACGCCGAUCUGAGUCAUGCAAUGGUUGAAGUGUUUUUACUUCGCGAUUCCGUGGCUGUUGUUCCCCUCGUUUGCAGAAGGACUUCAAGACGAAUAUGACUUGUCUGAUCCGGCUAUUUGUGAUAAAUACAAGUAUGUUGUUGACUUGUAUCAUGGGGCAAAAUCACAGACAGUGAUUCAAUUUGACGGAGAAAAGACACGCGCCAAAUUUACGAGCCAUGGUAUGCAUGAAUGCGCCCUGGAAAUCCGCGCUCCACAUGACCACCACAUUGGAGUCGUCUUCAUGGACUUGAAUCUUCGUCGCACAAACGAGGGUUGUUUGGACUCAGUUACGUUGGUCAAAGACAAUCCUCUUAUUUUCGAUGAGGUCAGGGAUCUGUUCUCGGAUGGCACUGGGAAGAUUUGUGGAAAUUUGACUCAUCCCCGGAAUCUUGACGUGAAAAGUCUUCCUGAAAGAUCUGAUGAGGCCGUGGGUAAUGCGUACAUUUCCGGGACAAGAAUGGACGUGAAGUUUCGCCUUGACGUGUCGGAUCCAUAUUGGAAAAAUUCUCGGGUCCGUUUUGUUGUUACUGCGUACUACAAGUCGUCUUCUUGUCAGCCACAGUUCUUCAAUUGCGGAAACAAGGUUUGUGUAUCAAAGGUGCUGGUUUGCAAUGGAUUUCCAAAUUGUGGAUUCCGCGACUCGAUUCCUGGAAGUGACGAAAGCAACUGUACAAAUGAUGAUUUUGCGAAUGCGAAGCUGAAUUCGAAAGGAUUGAACAGCCCGAGGGCGGCUGUCUGGGUGGGCAUUACAGCAGGACUGAUGGUUUGCAUUUCCGUGGGCAUUCUUCUCCGAGUAUGGCGGCAGAGGAGAGCUAAUCGUGCCGCCAUGGCGCAACUGAACGAGGCUGCACGAGGACAACUUCCAGUGAUAUUCUACGACGUUGCGGAGGAUCGCAUUGAGUACCAAGAAGAGCAAGAGGCGGAAGUGGCCGCCAAAAACGCUGUCCCUCCGCCCAGCUACGAUUCCUUGUUUGAUGAGGAACAUCCGCCUCCAGCGUACCAUGACCAUGUUCAACAAUGA